ACAGAUCAUUUCAAGGACCCAGGGAGAUCCUGCUGAAAGAGCAUGAAGACAAGUGGUGUUCCCCUGCCUCGCCAUUCAAAAGGAUAUAACUUAGCAUGGCUCCCCUGCUAAAAACCAUGAUGCUGAGGCUGGCAUUGUGAAGCCUUGACAUUUUUCAACACCCAACCCGGACCCAGAUCCUGCAAACAUAUCCUCCCAGCUCUCAGCCUGCUUCUACAUCUUUCCCCUGACUAUAACCUCCCUUCUCUGUCCUUUCCUUUCACUGGCAUCAUGCACAGUGCUUCCUCCACCUUCACUCUCCUCCCUCUUAUUCUUCCCUCCCUCCUAUUCUUCUCCUAUUUCUCUGACACUGUCAAUGGAGACUGCUGGCUCAUUGAAGGAGACAAAGGCUAUGUUUGGCUGGCUAUAUGCAGUCAGAAUCAGCCACCCUAUGAGACUAUACCACAACACAUCAACAACACGGUCCAUGACUUGAGGUUGAAUGAAAACAAGGUGAAAGCUGUGCUUUUCAGUUCAAUGUACCGCUUCACCAACUUGACUGACCUAAACCUCACCAAGAAUGAAAUCAGCUAUAUUGAAGAUGGAGCCUUUGCAGGACAAGCCAAUCUACAGAUUCUGCAGUUGGGCUACAACAAGUUGACAAAUUUAACUGAGGGUAUGAUGAGAGGGCUUGGCCGCAUGCAGUGCCUCUUCUUGCAGCACAACCUCAUUGAGGUUAUUGCUAGCAAUGCAUUCUGGGAGUGCCCAAGCCUGAGCAGCAUUGACCUGUCAUCCAACAAACUGACACGUAUUGACCCCUCUACUUUCACAGUUCUUAAUCGGUUGAUGGUGUGUGAGUUGGCUGCAAAUCCAUUCCACUGUGGCUGUGAUCUUUAUAGCUUCCUAUCCUGGUUGGAGUUCUUCAACAACGUGUCACAAACUUAUGACCGCCUUCAGUGUGAGACGCCCCGAGAAAUGUUUGGCUACCCAUUACUGAGUCCUAUAGCGGCUGGCCACGCUGGCCGAAAUGCCAAAACCAUUCUGCACCAUCACUGCCGAGACGGUGUGAUGAUUCCAGGUAUGACCUCUCUCCCACCAGAUCUGGACGGUCCUUCUGGGCUGGGACCAGAGAUGUUUGGUGUCCCAUACCACCAUCCUACCACCUCUUCCUCAUCGACUGAAGACGGCAGUAGUCCCAGCAUCAAGCUUCAACAUGUCUCCUUGUCGUCUGCUUCUCUACUUGUGAAGAUCCCAAUGCCUUUUAGCAAAAUGUAUAUCCUAACACAGUACAAUCACACGUAUGUGUCUGAUGUCAUGAAUUUAAGGAAUAAGAAGGAGAUGAUCACUCUCAACAAACUGAAGCCCCACAACAAUUACACCUUCUGUGUUGCCUCCAUCCGGAAUUCUCAACGCUAUAAUCACACCUGCCUCCAGUUUUCAACUCGGGGUGUCAGUCCAGAUGAUAUGCUCCCCACACCUUCCACCACUACUCACUACAUAAUGACUAUUGUGGGAUGCUUAUUUGGCAUGCUCAUUGUCUUAGGAAUUGUCUACUAUUGUCUACGUAAGAAGCGGAUGCAUGAUGAGAAGAAGAAGUCUAUCUGUGUCAAGAAAACUAUUCUUGAAAUGCGUUAUGGGCCAGAGGUGGCAGCAGCAGUAGCAAAUGACCCAUCAGCAGUCCAAAAACUUCAGGAGCAGUCCAGAGAACAUCACCAGUAUCAGCACCACCAUGGCGGGAAACUUUCCACUUCCUCGAGCUCCGGCAUGCUCCACUCGGCUAACACCACCUCCUCAAGACUUUCUUCUAUUCCCCAAGUGGAGAAGAUGGCCACUGCCUUUUCUGAAGCCAUGGCUACAAGUAAAGGAAACUAUAUGGAUGUGAGAACUGGAGGAGGAGGGAUGGAGAGAGUGGGAGAUGGUGGACAUGGAGGGAUGAGGGGAGAAAACCUGAGAGACGAUGACGGAACUGAUCUUGGUGAUGACUCAGAUGAUGAUGGACAUGGCUCUGCUUCAGAGAUCUCCACCAUUGCCAUGGAGGUGGACAAGGUUAACCAGAUCAUCAACAACUGCAUCGAUGCUCUGAAACUGGAUGCAGCAGCAGUUGCUGCCUCAGGCGCCUCAACUAACCCCACAGCCUCCUCUAAUCCUACCUCCCCUCCUCCCACCAGCACCUCGUCCCUCACUCGUGGCCUAAUUCCACUCUCCCCAGGGGUAACAGAGACAUGUCAGGUCAUUGCUCCAAACAAAAUCCCCCCUCCUCCCCCACUACCUGCCUUGAAUGCUCCUCUCUCUGAGCGUCCAGGUAUCAGUGGUGGCGGCUUUGUUGUUACUCCUCCCUAUCGGCACCCUCCUCCAGCCACCGCCGUGCGUCCCAUUCAGCGACAGAUGAGUGCAGAUGCAGCUGUGGUCAUGGCAAACGCUGUCAAGAAACAGAGCAGCACCACAUCUUGUAGCUCCAUGGGUCGCGACAGGGAACGUGGAGGAGCGAGAGUGUAUAGCCUGGAUGUUCCUGAACCACGGAGCCCAGAUGCCUGCAAUCAGCAGCAGCCGUACUCAGACCGGGCCAGUCCUGUGGGCUGCGGGGAGCCUCUGGAGAGGCUGCCUUUAAUGGGGAGUGGAGGCUGUAGUGGAGGGGGUGGUGGCGGUUGCGACAGUGGUGGUGUUGGUGCCCAACUUUCGGACAACCAAAAGUCACACCACUAUCAUCAACAGCAGCAAAUACAGCAGCAGCAACAGCAGCUGGAGGUGCAGCAAGACUACCACUGCUCGGAGCACCGCCACUCCGUCCCAGCUCUCUACUACGAAGGAUCCCACCAGGGUUCCCCAGCCCAGAGAGUGUCCUUCCUAAAACCCCUGACGCGGUCCCGCAGGGAUGCUGCAUCAUAUUCCCAGCUUUCUCCUGCCCGCCACCACUCCAGCUACUCGGGAUACUCUUCCAGCCCAGAGUAUUCCUCAGAGAGCUCACUGCGGAUCUGGGAGCGUUUUCGCCCCUACCGGAAAGGUCCGCGAGAUGAGGCCUGUUAUGUUACGGCUGGAAAUGCUCUUCGAAAAAAGGUGCAGUUUGCUAAAGGUGAGGACCUGCAUGACAUUCUUGAUUAUUGGAAAGGCGUGUCUGCUCAGCAGAAGCUGUGACUUCUGAGCAGUUAAGGAAAAAGAGUUUUCGCUACUUCUUUUCGUGACUGACUAUUUUGGCCAGAUAAACUAGUUUAAGUUUAUAAGGAGAAAAAUCUAGGACAAAUUAUUGCCUUUGGGUUCUCUUUGUUUUUGUCUCUUUUUUCUUUUCAAUGUUUUUGUUUUGCUUUGUUCAGUUUUUCCCCCUUGUUUUGGCAUGCUAGGUGUACAGACUAUUGUGCUAAAGCAAGUACUGUGUAACUGUGCCUGGGUUUGGAGUGUCAUUACCAUGUUUUAUUUUACACUUCAAGGUAGCACUGUUUUUCAAUUGUAUUUUUUGUUUCCGGAUGUCAUUUAUUAUACUGGGAAAAAAUGCCAACUCUGUAAAUCAGUGUGGUUUUAUCAGUGCCAUGUUUUAUUUCAAGCUUUAAGCUUGUUCGAUCUAAGAUGUUUCUUGUUUUAUGCUGGGUUUUACAUUCUUUUGCAGCAUCCACAAGGCUGUGUGAAAUAUGGCCAUCUAUGACAUGGUGGGAUCAACGCUCAUCAGUGUUAUGGAUGACAGUGAAUUAUUGAACAAUAUGUACACUGUUCUCUUACAUCAUAUCUUCCUUAAGGGUUAGUUAUUUGCCACUCAGAAGCCUGGGUUACUGAGGAAGGAAUGAAUAACUGUUGAGAAAUUAACAAUAAAACAGUCAGGUGGGUUUUUAGACUGUAGAGCAUUUGUAAUUUAUGAGAGAGAGAUUGAGAUGGGACAUAGCAGUGAUUCAGUCAGAGCCAAACACACUUACAUAGUUCAGUAACUGAAGUAAAUGAAGAUUGCGUUGUACAAAUGAACCAAACAGUCCCAAAAUUCAUUUGCCUGGAUGCUGAUCAGAGCAGAGAUCACAGUGUGCUGUACCACAGAGGGCAACUGAGUCAUCCCUAAAGUGCUACUUACGUGAAAGUGUAUGAUAAUGUAAUUGAUUUUACAUGAAGCAAAGUGCAGGAAUACCUUACGUUACGUCCUUUCAAAGAAAAAAGUAGAAAUGAUAAUUGGUACAAAACCUGAAGAAUGGGUAACAAAUGGAAAGUUGUCAUAGGGGAUACAAAUAUUUUACGCAGCUCAAGAGAAUCUCCUUGCCAGCUGUGGGGAAUUUUAUUGUCUUCAUCCACUAAGUACUGAAGUACAUUCCAGAUCCUUUCUCCAACAUUAAAACUGAAUGAGGCACAGUGGGAAAGGACAAUUCUGAUUACUGCCAAUGUGUCUCUUUUGCUCUGGAAAUUAGUGCUACUGUUGUCUAUAAUUGAGAACUCAAUUAAUCAAUUUGUGGCAGGCAUGUCCGCUUGCACUUAUUGCCUCAUGAUUGUUUUUGUGGCGUCUGGUACACAGUGGUCAAUGUUAGCAGGUGUUGGCAUGCCUUGUCAGAUUAUACUGUAUAUGGCCAAACUAACUUAAAUUAAUAUUUGUCAAUAUUUUGCCCAGUGGCUGGUUGUCUGAGUCUGAACAAUAGUAGAUUAUUAAUGGCAUGUACAAAUGUACAGAUGUCAUUCGUGUUCAUAAUGUUUAUAGUCUUGUCCUCAUUCUGGACAUCACAUGAUUGUGAUAAUCCUCAACUCUAUAAUGCUUCUUGCUCACUCAGCCAUCACAUGAUCUUUAUGAUAUGGAAUAAUCUGGCCUUUUUUCACCAUCUUUACUAAAAUGAUCUACCUGUCAUAUUCAUAAGUGCUAGUGUCAUUGCCCAGCAUUCUUGCUGCAGUUGAAUUUUCCCUAAAAAUGUGAAAUCAGCAUCAUUGCUUCAUGUUUAAGUUGAUGGCAAUCUUGUUCAGUGUCAGGAACUCUCUUCUGAUUCUUUACACAUUUCCUACCACCUUUCACUGCUUUAAAGGACUAAUGUGAUGGAGAUAUGGUGUUGGCAGGGUACUAAAACAGCUCUGCUCAUAGGGGAACAUCAGAAAUUAUUUUUCUUGCUGCGCAACUUGUUCAUCGUUUUUGUGAAGAAAUGCAAGUUUAACAGGAAAUAUGCAAAGUACGUUUAUUUUUUCUCUAUUGACCGGUGUAUAAUUCUUCAUCCUGCUAUUUAAAAAAACAUUUAUAACUCUGACCCUUUUAAUUUACCUUGCUUUUAUUAAAAUGUGUGGUUGCACUUGAGGUUCAUCUUUUUGAUUAAGUGUUCAGUUGUAAGAGUUAAAUACAAGAAAAUAAAUAAGUAAAAAUGCACAUAUUUGCUGUAGUCUUUUAGUUAUAGAAAAUCUAGGAUGGACACCUUCAUCCGAAUUCUUUUCUCUGACAGGACAGCAUAACAUAAACAUGGAAAAGUCUUGGAAUGUUUAACUUCUCCACUGCACUUCAGUCAUUUGAAAUAACAAAAGUUUCCAAAGGAUGAAAUAAAGACUAAACGACCAAACCAAGAAAAAAAUCUUUUUUUUUUGUUUGUUCUUUGCUGCCGUGCUUUAAAAGAAUCUAAUCCCACGGAAAGAACUUGAUGCAUUUGACUACCACACUCUCAACUGCCAUAACAAGUUUACAGGAAUGGACUCUGAAAAGAAAUACAACAGCAAAUGUUCACAAAUGUGUACACGGUCCUCAUGUAAACGGCCAUUCUAUUCACCUACCUGACAAAACAUGUAAGGUAACAGAAAGUUUGUCUUUCAUGGAUGACUUCAGUCUCACACAUUUUCUGUUUUUAUCAACAUGUUCACUACAUUAUUGUGUUUUUCAGGAAACAGACUUUCAGGUGAUACAUGUUCAGCUGCUCUUCUGCUCACAGUUGAUUUAGAAAGAUUUUUUUUUUUAAUGAACAAAAUAACAUGACUUGCCCACAAGUUGAGAACAUUUGUGUGAUCAUUCUGAGAGCUUUUUCACGAUGUGUCAAAACAAGCUUGAAACUAGUUUGCAUAAUAUUCUGGCACCCUUUUUCCAAAGUAUUUUACAUAAGGAAUUAAUCAAACUUAAACAUUCUUGAAAGAAAGUCAGAUAUGGAAUGCAUUAGACUGUAAUUAAUCUCUGAUAUGUAACUACAGAUUGCAUAAAGGUUACUGAUGCUUUUCUGUUGCUGUCUAAUUAAAGACAUGAGGUAUCUGCAAUCGUCCCGUUUCACGUCCUCAGCAAAACAAGCCAAACCUUCUGGAAUUAGCUUCUACUAUGUCCUAUACUGUAAAAAAGAAUGAAAAAAGUCUCCUUUCUGCCCUCACUUUCUCAGAACCUGUGAAGGUCACCUUGUUUAGAAAUGGGUAGACAUUAAAGUGCCAUCCCCCCCGUUUGUGUCAGACCCACAGCAAAGAAAAGACACAAAAAGCCAUCUACUGUACUAUAAAUCCUUUUGCAGUGGCUGGCUAUGUUGCUAUAUUCCUAAAAAUCCCAAGUAUUUUUUCCAGUGUCUUUUAAUCAAUUAAGACUGUCUUAUGCCCAAAGUCGGGGCCAAUUUAAACAAUGUGGCUGUCUCAUAUACAUUUUGAGAUGGUAUACUGAGAAAUAAGCGUGGCGUGGAAAAUAUUUUUUUUCAAAUUUUACCUCUAUUCCCCAAUGCAAAAUAUAAGCACACAAAAGCAAGGGUAGAUGAUUAAGAUGGAAUAUGUAAAUGUGAGUUUGAGUGAGUCACAUAAUGACUAAACUAAAAUCACUGCUCUCCUCUUGGGAAAGUACAUCGUAAGAUCCUCCGGGGGAAAAGAGAAUGAAGCGGUAUUUUGGUUCAGUGCGGACGGACAGCUGUGAUAAAAGAUGCUGAAGUAUAGGUAAACCACGGACAACAUGAUCCACCGACCCAGAUAAGCCACUGAGCAAAACGUUUCAUUUGCACUUCAUGUGAGGGAAGGUGACUGGCAGGUAUCAGCCCUGACAAAGCCUUUCAUUUGGUAUAUUUAGACCGUUUGUCUAAUAGUCUGUUGUCUGUCAGUUGACUGCGUGGGAGAUUAGCCUGUGUGGAUAAUGUGCUAAAGUUGCCUAAUGGACGAGUUUCUUUUUUACAAUAGCCACAGAUGGGCUUGUGGGACAAAAUCAUGCAUUUUCGCCCUAACUUGAAAGAAGUCAGUUGAGAAAAACGAGACAUGUAGUGUGACUGUCCUCUCGGCCGCUCUUCUUCCAACUGAGAUUUGGAAAAUAGGCUGCCAGUUUCCUUCCUGACUGCCAGGAACGCAUAGGCAAAAUCUAACAGUUUGUUUAUGUUGGAGGCAGUUAAAUUGUGUCAUCAAAAGGCAUUUGGCUAAGCGAGUUGCCUCCAAAUCAGUGUGACUGAGCAGAAGAGCAUUUGAAAAUCCUUCGGUGAGCCAAGUUGGGCUAAGGUUUGCCACCUGAUUGGACCCAGUUUCCAGAGAUGGGAAAAAGGACUCAAUCUGUGAAAUAUCUGUGAAUUUUGUAUACUAGACAAAAGAGAAAAAGACUCUAAGGAAAAAAAAGCGCUUCUAUGGAUGUUUUAUACUCAGCCUGAUCUCUUGAUAUGUCUGUGUGCUUUUCUAUUUUUAGUUGGUUGUCUUUUUUUCUUUUCUUUGUUUCAAUGGGGGAGGGGGGUGAUUACUGGGAAUCAAGGGAUUGACUUAAAGUACUUGCAAUGAUGUAUGUUAUAAAGGUUUAAGAACUGAGAAAGCUUAACUUAGUGUACCACAUAAAAGAAAAGCUGUUAUAUUUGCAUGAUCCCCUGUAUUUUUUGAGAGACAAAAUAUAUUGUUGUGAACAAUAAGUGGAUGUAUAUUGAAAACAAAACAAAAAAAACUGUAGGGGCUGAGGUGCAAUAUUUUCAAGUACCUUUGAUUUGAACUUUUGCAGUUUUUUCCCCUCUUUUUCUCUAUCUGUGAUGUUUUAUAUUUACAUUCUUGCCAACAGAUUUUCAUUUGGGUGACUGAAUUAAAAAACUGACACUGCAGUUUUGUUCCUCUUCCAGUCAGAGGCUGGGGGAGUGUGCAGUCCAAAGCAGGAGCAAACAUAUUUGAAGCUGGAGGUGGUUUACAUCCAUCUGAACAUGUAUUCUGUCUUCUUGGCAGAGCCAUGUCAGUCUUUGUGGGGCUUUUCUAUGUAAAUUCCGCCAUUUUGUCCUGAUAAAAUCAUAUCAGAAGCAUUACAGGACCAAUCUAAAGUUACAAAGGCUCACGCACUGUGGUUAGUCUAAUGGUUUGAACCUAAUCUCAAUCCAUCAGUCAGUCCGAAGAGAAUUACUGCAGCAUCAGCAGCUCGUCCCUCAGCUUUGGUCCUCUUGCUGUUAGCUAAAUAAGAUAUUUUGAUUUCUCCUCGUCUUCUGGUCCUGGAGCCUGUGGCUUUUCUUUCCAACAGCUUAAUUGAAGCCUUGGAGCCAUCUCACAUCUGGCCACUUCUGUAGAGCUGUCUUUUGUCAUCUAUCUUUUGAGAUACAGUGUUUUGACUUGUUUUAAGGAUGAGAGAUGACCAGGCAAUUGUGGGGACCAAAACUAAAGGGCAUGGUACUGAAUGACAAUAGAGAAAAUUAAAAAUUGAAUAUUUAGAUGUCACACACAGAGUGAGUAGAGUAGAGUGGGAGGAGAAAGUGAGACAUGCGUACCCCCCAUGACUUGUUUGUAACACCUACUGCAGCUUGGCUGAUACAGUAGUUAGUAAAUUAGAGUCCACAUAGUGACAGACCGUUAUAAAUUAAAGCCAUGUUUACAUCCUGCAAGAAUGAUAUUCACCAGCCGAGACAUUUCUGGCCCAGCCAUUAUCCAAAACCUAAAGAACUGCUCUCCCCUUAUCAAUUAUGGAGAGAAAGUAAAAUGCUUUGACCUCUGGGCAAAUUCUGGUCAUCAGCUUGUCAACUUUGCCAUGCUAUAUUAGGCAGUCACUUUCUGGAAUAACUUAUCUGUAAUGAUGUAAAACUGCCCGGCAAUUGGAAGAGGCAAACGUUCUUUAUUAUUGCUGGGAAUCUUAUUUUAAAUUCAGAGAUCCCAUUACUCCAGCAUUGCUUCCGGUGCACUGAAACUUGCUCAGAGGUGCCUCUGCGGCAAGACUCCCAACGUCAAAGGCCCACCGGCUACAUGCCUGUUCAUUUUUUUCUGCUCUCACAGAGAGCAGUGGCUGACAUUCAUUUUUAUUCCAGACACACAAGCCACUGCUGUAGCCUUAGAGCAAAAUGAUUGGCCUUGCAAGUGCCAGAGAUUAGGAACUCUGCCGCUUCCAAACAGCUGGCACAAAGAUGGCAGAGGAGACGGUUCACUCUUGACUCACUGUGGAAAUUAGAUGUCUGUCUAAUUUGUUCAUAAGAUAAUGGUACCUUGGCCUUGCAGCUACAGAAGCAUUCAACAUUCAUAUUUGAGAAAAGCACCAUUCAACUUCAACAAUUAGAAACAUACGAUCCACAUGAGCCCGAGUAACUGUUUAAAUGACUAAGUCAGGACCAGAUGUUUAAGCCUCCUCAGCCAAUAAUCAGUGAUUAGCCAUUUGCGGAGCCUGACUUCCCCAGAUCCUGGUGAUAUAUUCCAUUUGUUAAUGGACACUGUGUUUUAAAAGCCAGAAAACCUAGCUAUCUAAAUUCUAGGGCUAAUUAAAGAAUAUGUAUUUAGUGUUUGAUUUAGCGUUUGUUACAAGCAUUCAUUUUGCUGUGGUAGUGAAUUUGCUUUUAUUUGGAUUAACUCUUAUUUUUUCCAUUUAAAAAAGCAUUUUGGGAUUAGAGGAUUGAAACGUUGAAAUCAAGAGCGCCCUUAGUUAUAAGUAUGAUCAAACCCAACUAAGACAGAGCAUGAUCACAGGUUGUCUGUUUAAAACCUGGAGGGUCAGAUCAAAUUCUUCUAUCGUUAUCAUGUGGUUUUGGUUUAUCUUUGGAAGUUUUGUGACAUUUGCAAGUUUUUUUGUUUUCUGUUUUUUUUUUUUAAGCAACAGCAAGAUUGUAUCAAGUCAAUGGUCCCAUGGUUGUGAUCUAUUCAAAUCCGACGGCACUUGCCCCUCUGGUUAAUCUCUGUAAAUGUUUGGAGACCUUGGGGGGAAAGACGAGGCAAAGAUCUGAAUAGAUAAACACAAAUCUUGGCUUCCUGCUUUUCUUUAUCUAUCUGUUGCUGAUAUUGACAUUUUCCCUUUGCAUUUUCUGUACAAAAGAUCUAUUUAUAUAUUUGCAAUAAAUUUGUAAUAAA